AUGGCCAGCCCGCCAAGAGACUGGAGAUCCAAAGUUCGAAAGGUCUCCUAUGGCUGGUGUUGGGUGCACCCGGAGUCUUGUACAGUAGCUACUGCAAUUGAAAGCACUUUGAGAUCUUUGCUACAACCAAUCCGCACUGGGACAGGACACCUCACGCGGCAGAGUCUGAAAUUCUACCUCUCCUUGCCAUCGUUCCUUGUUCCUUGUCGUGCAGCGAAGAAAAGUGCCAAAUUUCCAGCCCGAGUUUCCGCAAUGAACGGCGACAACUACUCCUCGCGAGAUGCGGGACGCUCGAGGGAUCAGCAUGGUUCGAGGUACGAUCGAGACGACCGAAGAGACCGCGACCGUGACAGGAAUCGAGAUAGAGGCGACAGAAGACGCUCACGAUCCCCACACCAUCGAUCAUCACGACGCGAUCACGAUAACUCGUACUCUUCCAGUCGAGACUACCGCGCCCGAGAGAGAGAAGAUCGAUAUGGUUCAAGACGUGAUGAUCGUGAAUGGGACAGAGACAGGGGCCCAAGGCGCCGCGAUGACGACCGACGGAGAGACCGUGACCUCUUUGAUGACAGAAGAGGUGGUGGUGGCGGUGGGCGGGAUCGAGAUCGCGGUGGUCGAGAAGACCGCGAUGAAUUCGCCGCACAAGCGCAAGGCCGGAAGAACAGUCCUCCUCCAAAGAAACGAGAGCCGACACCAGAUCUGACGGACGUCGUACCGAUAACAGAGCGUAAGAGGAGAAUGACACAAUGGGACAUCAAGCCUCCAGGCUAUGAAAAUGUCACGGCUGAACAAGCCAAAAUGUCAGGAAUGUUCCCUCUACCGGGCGCACCUCGCCAGCAGCAGAUGGAUCCUAGCAGACUACAGGCUUUCAUGAACCAGCCAGCAAGUGCCGCAGCCACCACCGCAUUGAAACCUUUGAAUGCAAGACAGUCGAAGCGACUGUUUGUUCAUAACCUACCCGCGUCUGUCACGGAAGACGGCCUCCUACAAUUCUUCAACCUGCAGCUCAAUGGCCUGAACGUCACCAAGGCCAGCGACCCCUGCGUACAAGCCAAUAUUGCCGAAGAUCGAAGUUUCGCACUCGUGGAGUUCAAAUCACCGUCAGAUGCGACAGUGGCUCUGGCUAUGGACGGCAUCACCAUGGAAGAACACCACACCGAAAUGAACGGCAAUGGCACUGGAGCACCGAAAGGUCUGGAAAUUCGGAGGCCGAAAGACUAUAUUGUGCCUUCAGCAGAUGAGGAUGCGUAUACCGAGGGCGAGAUAUCCACAGAAGUGCCCGACACUGCCAACAAAUUGUCUAUCACCAACCUGCCGCCGUUCCUGACGGACGACCAGGUUCUUGAGCUGCUAAAGGCAUUUGGAGAGCUGAAAGCGUUCGUAUUGGUUAGAGACGCAGAUGCUCCAGAGUCAAGGGGUAUAGCAUUCUGCGAAUACGUCGACCCUGCCGUCACUGCCGUGGCCAUCGAAGGUCUAAAUGGCAUGGAUUUGGCAGGUAGCGCUAUCAAAGUCACCCGAGCCAGUAUCGGCUUCACUCAGGGCGCCGGUCUGGAGAUGGGCGUCAACGCCAUGUCCAUGUUUGCUGGCACUACUUCUGAUGCCUUUGAGGAAGGGCGCGUCCUUCAGUUGCUCAACAUGGUAACGGCCGAGGAACUUAUAGACAACGACGAUUAUGAAGAAAUCUGCGAAGAUGUCAUGGAGGAAUGCUCCAAGUAUGGCAAGAUCGUGGCCAUGAAGAUCCCACGUCCUUCAGGCGGCAGCAGACAGUCUGCUGGCGUGGGCAAGAUUUUCAUCAAAUACGAAGACUCGGAGUCGGCGAAGAAGGCGCUGCAGGCUCUGGCGGGCAGAAAGUUUGCUGAUAGGACCGUUGUCACUACUUACUUUGAUGAGGCCAGCUUUGAUGUCAGCGCCUGGUGA